CAGAUCGCGACCCUGGGAGUGGAGUGGGGGCCGCGUGGUUAUGUGGCUGGGCGGCUGCGGAUGGCUUAGGGUUCUCGGAUGUUGGCGCUGCGACCUUCGGCGCCCUAGCUUUACCAGGACUUGGAGUGGCUAUAAGGGCCCAAUGGCAGAAACAGUGUCUACCCAGGUUGGGACAGCGGGCGGGCUGAGGGCUCCGCAUCAGCAAAACGGUGACGCUGGUGGCGACGCGAGGGUUGAGCCGUCCCCCGGGCCCCCGAAGCCGGCUGGCCGGGAAGUGGACCCGGCCCCAUUAGGCGGGGAGCAUCCCUCGGCUGCAGCCCCGGGCCCGGGCAAACAUAAGAAGCGGCGGGGCGCAACCAGGGAGCGUGUCGUGCCGCCCCCGAAGAAGCGGCGGACCGGGGUGAGCUUCGGUGAUGAGCACUUUGCAGAAACCAGUUUUUACUUCGAGGGCGGCCUGCGUAAGGUGCGGCCCUAUUACUUUGACUUCCGGACCUACUGCAAAGGUCGCUGGGUGGGCCACAGCUUGCUGCACGUCUUCAGUACCGAGUUCCGAGCUCAGCCCCUGGCCUACUACGAGGCCGCGGUCCGGGCGGGCCGCCUGCACCUCAACGAGAAGCCGGUGCAGGACCUCAACGUCGUGCUCAAGGACAAUGAUUUCUUGCGGAACACAGUGCACAGGCAUGAGCCACCAGUCACAGCAGAGCCCAUUCGCCUUCUAGCUGAGAACGAAGAUGUCGUGGUUGUAGACAAGCCUUCCUCCAUUCCCGUCCACCCCUGUGGCCGCUUCCGACACAACACAGUUAUCUUCAUCCUAGGCAAGGAGCACCAACUCAAGGAGCUACACCCCUUGCAUCGGCUUGACCGCCUUACCUCAGGGGUGCUUAUGUUUGCCAAGACAGCUGCAGUCUCUGAGAGAAUUCACGAGCAGGUUCGGGACCGGCAGCUGGAGAAGGAGUACGUGUGCCGGGUAGAAGGGGAGUUCCCCACUGAGGAAGUGACCUGUAAAGAACCCAUCUUAGUGGUGUCUUACAAAGUAGGGGUGUGCCGUGUAGAUCCCCGGGGCAAGCCCUGUGAGACAGUGUUCCAGAGGCUAAGCUACAAUGGCCAGUCCAGUGUGGUACGGUGCCGGCCACUCACAGGCCGCACACACCAGAUUCGAGUCCACCUUCAGUUCUUGGGCCAUCCCAUUCUCAACGACCCCAUCUACAACUCAGUUGCCUGGGGUCCCUCCCGAGGCCGGGGCGGCCACAUUCCCAAGACAAACGAGGAGUUGCUACGGGACCUGGUAGCAGAGCACCAGGCCAAACAGAGCCUGGAUGUGCUAGAUCUCUGUGAGGGUGACCUGUCCCCAGGACUCACAGACUCUACAGCCCCCUCCUCAGAGUUGGGCAAGGACAACCUGGAAGAGUUGGCUGCAGCUGCCCAGAAGAUGGAGGAAGUAGCUGAGGCAGCCCCUCAGGAGUUGGACACAAUAGCCUUGGCACCAGAGAAGGCAGUUGAAACAGAUGUCAUGAAUCAAGAGACAGACCCACUCUGUGCAGAGUGCCGGCUGGUGCGACAGGAUCCCUUGCCCCAAGACCUUGUGAUGUUCCUACAUGCCCUACGCUAUAAAGGGCCAGGCUUUGAGUACUUUUCACCAAUGCCUGCCUGGGCACAGGAUGACUGGCAAAAAGACUGAGGAGUGUGGCCAAUGGAGGGAUUGCUUCUUGGGUUGUGACAAGGAUGGGCUAUAGGGCAAGAGCUGACCCCAUGGGCUGGUACUUGGGGUUUCUAUAGGAGUGAGGUCGGGCUUCUAAAGAGACCUGCUUAUACUUGCUACCUCCUUCCAGUGGGAAUUUGGAGACUUUUUGGUUUGUAAAUAUAUCCCUUUUUCUAACAUCUUUUGUGUCUGGUUUUCUUCCUGCUUUUUUAUUAUUGAUGUAAAACACACAUCACAUAAAAUUAACCACUUUAACUGUCUAGGCACAGUGGCUUAUGGCUAUAAUCCUAGUACUUUGGGAGGUAGAAGUUAAAGGAUCACUGGAGUCCAGGAGUUCAAGGUUAAAGUGAACUGUGAUUGUGCUGCUGCACUCCAGAGCCUGGGUGACAGAGUGAGACCCUGUCUCUUAAAAAAAAAAAAUUAACCAAUUUAAGACCUACAGCGUAGUCACAUUUAGUACAUUCACAGUGUUGUACAACCAUAACCUCAUAUAUUUCCAAAACAUUUUCAUCACCCCAAAAGGAAACCUGUACCCAUUAAGUAAGUGGUCACUUUCCACUCCCCCUCCGCCAGCCUCUGGCAACCACUAAUCUACUUUCUGUCUGUAUGGAUUUGCCUGUUUAUUCUGGACAUUUUAUAUAAAUGGAAUGAUAAAACAUGUGA